AUGGUUCCUCAUCCGUUCGUCGAUCCUCCUGCUCCGCUGCAACAAUCACCACCUUGCCCUCCUCAUGGCGUCCAUGGCCUCCAUGCUAGACGUCGUGACCACUCCAUGGGCGUCAUCGGCGUUGUCCAGGUGUGCCACUCCAUGGGCGUCAUGCAUUUGGAUUUCAAGCCGGAGAACUUCCUCUUCAUUGACCUGAAUGAAGAGGCCGCUCUCAGGACCAUAGACUUUGGUCUCUCCAUUUUCUUUUGGCCUGUUACAUUAUAUGCUUUCAUUUAUGUCACCAACAUGCUCCUGAGGAGAACGCAUUAUGAUAAGCCCUUCAACGUCGCACCAGAGUUCCUGAAGAAGAAAUAUGGUCCCGAGACAGAUGUCUGGAAUGCUGCUGUGAAUGAGCAGGGUAUUUUUGAAGACAUUUUGCAUGGGAAACUUGACUUCCAGUCAGAGCUGUGGCAUAGCAUCUCUGAAAGCGCCAAAGAUCUUGUGACGAGAAUGCUUGUUAGGAAGCCAAAAAGGAGAUUGACCGCCCAUGAAAUUCUACCUGUAUUACUGAAGAUAACAUACAUUUGGGAACUUAUUCAUGGAAUGAUGGAAGGUUCAUCUGAACCUCAUUCACGGAAGGUUAGUUUUGUUCGUAAUGGAUAA